CGUAAAUGGAGGUCGUGAAUACUUUUAUUGCGACAAGGGUUUUCUUUGCCGUAAAGCAACAACGCGUACAUAGAGGAAGGUUAAAUUCGAUACAACCGGGUAACAACAGGCAGCACCAUGCCCUUCAUAGACAUCCAGUCCCGUCUGGGUAUCGACCUGGACCGCUGGCUGCUGCUGCAGAGCGGCGAGCAGCCACACAAGCGGGCCGCCCGCUGCCACGCCUUCGAGAAGGAGUUCCUGGAGUGUGCUCAUGGCAUCGGCCAGACACGUGCAAAGGUCGAGUGCAAGCUGGAGAUGGAGGACUUCUAUGAGUGCAUGCACAGGAAUAAGACGCACAAGAAGCUGUAUGACAUCCGUCAGCAGCGAAUCAAGAUGGAGAAGGAGAAGUCGUACGUCACCCCAUCACACCACACCGGCCAGCCGGACAACACCCCUUAGUAGACCACAUCCCUAAGAUCUCCCCAACGCUGUGUAUUAUACUUCAGAUAUCCAUAUUACUGGUCCAACCUGUACACAUUUGCAAAUAAAUGUUAUUAUUGCCCCAUGUC